AGAAUCUGCAUCAUACAAUGUGUGGAAUCCUUGCAGUAGAGCUCUAUAUCUAAUUUGUACUCAAAGUUCAAGUGAGGCUCUCACCCGCAACACCAUGGCUCAAAAAUCAGAGACAAAUUUAUUGCAUUUUUCUGAAGAUGAUUCGGAUGAUUCAACUGCAGAUGAUCCAAGCUUUCUGCUCAACAGUGUUGAAGCUCAUCAGAAAUAUAAAAUGGACUAUGGUUCAAGAGGACUUGCAAUAAUCAUUGCACAUAGCACAUUUGAAGUUGCUGGGUGGGAAGGAGAAUUGGGAGAUCGAGGUUGUUGUCAGCAAGAUAUUGACUUAUCAAAGAGAUGCUUUGAAGGACUUGGCUUUGAUGUAGAAAUACUAAAAGACAAGAAAUUUCAUGAGAUUAAACAAAUUUUGAAUGACAUGAGUAAGGAAGAUCAUAGUAAUAGAGGAUGCCUAGCCAUUAUUGUCUCUACUCAUGGUACAUUUGACAAUUUCCUCUUUGCCUAUGAUUCAGUUUAUGAUCUAAAUGAACUGUUUAAACCUUUUUGUGCUGCAAAUUGUGUCACACUGGCUGGGAAGCCAAAGUUGUAUUUUAUACAAGCCUGCAGAGGGGAAAAUGCUCAAUCAGGAAUAGAUCUGAGUGUCAAUGAAGCACAAUUAUCUUCUGAAGAUGAAAAGCUUGCUCAAAAUUCAGGAAAGAUGUUUUUUCAAGCAACUAAUGAAGAGUCUUCUGUUGAUGUUGCUAUUUUUAAUGAGGCAUAUGAAGAUGAUGAUGGUGGUAACCAUCUUGAUAUCAAAGAUGAUUUUCUUGUUGCCUUUUCUACAAUUCCUGACUAUGUUUCAUUUCAAAGACCUGGUGGUUCUUGGUUCAUUAAAAGCCUUUGUAAGAGGUUGAACAAACGCACUGAUCGUCAUCUUCUUCAUAUUCUUACUUUUGUAAAUUGGGAGAUCGCUAUUCGACAUGAGUCAAACACUCCCAAAAGGUUGAAUUAUCACAGAAAAAAGCAAAUGUCAACUGUGACAUCCAGGCUUCAAAAGUUUUUAUUUUUUUGUUAGGAACCUCUUAUAUCAGCCAGUGCUGGCAUAUAAACAAAAUUCGUUUUCGAAAAA